ACUAACUAUCGACCAUGAGUAUUGCCAGACAGUUUGUACGCCAGUUCAGCAGCACUGGAGUUGUUGGCAAGCCAGGGUACUCCACAGUGGAGCCCGUGCACCACUUGGUGAACAUCAGAAAGGCCGCAUUAAAACCAAAGUAUCAAGGGUUAUUGAUACCCAAAGACGACAUAAGGUCUGUGGGAUUCAAGCCUACAGAGAUCGACCAGGACAGAGUGGCAGAGUACUAUCAAAACACAUUGAAGUCGGAUCUCUUAUUGCAUAACUACGAGCACGGCGCCCAAGUGAUUGAAGGUGAAAAGAAGAGAUCGUGGGGUACUGAUUCUCCCUACAAAUUGUACCGUAACUUGAAGAAGGCCAAGCGGGUGGGUCGUGCGACUAGGGACAUUCAUCCAAUCAAGCACGAUAACGUUCCCCAGUUGGAGUCCAUCUACAUUCAAUCAUACAACAAGUGGGCCUUGGAAGAAAGUUGGUUGAACAUCUCCACCAGAUUACAGCUCUCGCAGAUCACCAACGUCAAGGCUAAGCAAAUCUACGCCAAGGCCAACAUCUUGCCAUGGAGACUUCGUGAAGGAAAGCCAUGUGGUGCCAAGGUUGAAAUCAAGGGCAUCGACAUGUCUCAGUUCAUAACCACUUUGACUGAAUUAGUCUUACCUAGAAUCAGAACCUUCAAGGGUAUUAAAAACACCUCGGGUGACUCCAAUGGUAACAUCACCUUUGGUUUGGACCCGGACAAUCUCAAGUACUUCCCUGAAAUCGAAAGUUUCCAGGACUUGUUUCCCAACUUGAAUGGUGUCCAUAUCACAUUUAAGACCACCGCAAGAACUGACGAACAGGCCAGAACUUUGUUGAGUGCAUUGGGCUUACCAUUCUACGAUCCAAACUAAAUUAUUCUGUAUAGAAAAUGUAAAUAGCGAGUUAACAAAGUGCAAUGGUUUAAUUAAUUCAAGCUGCCUAUUCCAAAAGAAUUUGGUGCUGCUUAGAAGUGUUCACGGUACACAUCGAGAUGAUUCACGAAGCGGAUACCUGACUACGUCGUGAUUAUUUUCCUUAGAGCGUUCAUAUUGUGGUGAUGUCUCA